AAUUUUUAUCUCUUCUCUUUCAUAUUCGAAAAGAAAGAAAGAAAAAGAGAGAAAAAAAUCUUUAUCAACUUUUCUCUACCUGAAGAGAAUACAAAAUAAUUCUUAAUAUUUUCGCCAUUACAAGUUUCUAUUCUGGCGUAACAACAUCAAUCUAAAGUGAAUCAAGAACAAACAAUUAACUGACCCUAAAUCGAACGAGAUAAACCGUUAAUCCAUUCAGAUUAAGAGUCACCAUCACAUCGCAAACACAUCAAUAUAUAAGUCACGAUAAUUUUGCUGCAAGAGUCACACCCUUUAAGAAAUGGGUCCUGGACCAAGACGAUUAAUGUGAAUAUAUCAGAAUUUGGGUUCACUAUUAUCAUAUUAUCAUCAUAACUUUUUUAUCAUCAUCAUCAUCAUUAUCCUCGUGUACAAGAUAAAGUAAAAUAUCAAAGGGAACAGACAAAGAGGAGGAAGACAAGGAGAAGAUAAAAUAAGGUAACAAUCAAGGUAUCAUUCUGAUGAUCAUCAUCUCGAUAGCCUUAAAGCAUCAACAGCAAUUAUCAUCAUCAUCAUCAUCAACAACCUUGUUCGUGGUCUUCAAAUCUUAUUUCCUCGUCAUCAUUUCCAAUCAACAUCAACAAGAGUGAAAAUAGUUUUCCAAUCAUUCAAAGUUAAUCAGCUGCAAUUGUUUCAUCAUCUUAAUUUGUUUACUAUUCGUUUCCUUGUUUCUCAAUUUACAUCGAUAAUUGUGAUUUAAAUUGGCAAUUUGUUUUUUCCCUUUUGUUUAUUUGAUUGUUUGGAUUUACCUUUGAUUGUGAUUGAUCAACAUGGUUGAUGGAUUUGCAAAGGGAGUCAAAUUUGCAAUGCUCAUUGCAAAUGGUGUUAUAUUUAUUGGUGGUAUCACUGUUUUCUCAAUAGGAGUUUGGACUCUAUCAGACAAAUCGUUCAUGGAGAGAUUAUUAGGAACCAGAUCGUAUGUUGCUUCGGCCUCAAUUCUGAUUGGAACUGGAUUAGUUGUAGCAAUUAUCUCAUUCCUUGGUUCCAUAGGAGCUUGGAGAGAGAUUCGUUGUAUGUUGAUCACCUUUUUCUUCAUAUUGGCAAUGAUCUUUCUCACAAUGUUGGCUGGCGGAAUUCUGGGCUACAUCUUCAGGAGUGAGGUUGAUGAACGAAUGCACUCAGAGAUGGUUAUGACAAUUAGACUUUAUGGAAACGAUUCUAAAGUGACAGAAUCCUGGGAUGCCGUCCAAAGAAAUUUUAAUUGUUGUGGUGUCAUUCCCAAUAUUGGUAAUCGUAAUAAUCGUGAUCAAAAGGCCUACAAAAUUUGGUUGAGAAAUUUCAACUUCAGAUUAAGUGGACCACAAGUUCCUGAGAGUUGCUGUAAGAAUCCGCUUGAUGUUCAACAACGAAAAGCUUGUCAACGAGAUAAAUUAGAGGAAAGAUACGUUUUCAUGGAUGAUUGUUACGAAAAAAUGAAAGACUUCGUGAAGGCUCAUGCAUUACUUGUGGGAGGAAUCGGAAUCGGAAUCGCUGUGUUACUUGUAUUCGGGAUGAUUUUAUCAUGUGCACUAUUUUUGAUGAUAAAAUAACAAUAGAAAUUCAAAUUAAUAGUCAUCAUCAUCAUUACCAACAUUGCCAAUCAUCGUCAUCAUGAUUGAAUCAUCAUGAUAAUAAUCAUUCAUCUUCAUUGCCUUUCAAAUUUUUGGUCAAAUUUUCACUUUUCAUUGUUAUUUUUGACUCUCGAUUGACUUUUAAUUUCAUUUGGUUGUUUUCUCAAUUAACUAACAUUACAAUCAACCUUAAUUGUGCCAUAAUAAAUUGCGUGCAAAUGCAAUAACAAUAAACAACAAGAUUGUUAGAUGAUGAUGAGGAUGAGAGAGAGAGUAAAGGAAAAGGUCUCAGGUAGAUGAUGUUAAAUGAACGAGUAAAGAUGAAGUCACGAAUUUUUUUUCAGAACUUUUUCUUUUCAUCUUGUUCACUCAUUUAAUAUUAUCCAUCAUUUGAAACAAAUGUAAGUAAGUGGGUGAAAAAUUCAUGAUCUCAUGAUAUUAUCAUGAAUUUUAUUCAGUAGUUGUUUCUAAAGAUACUAAUAUAAACAAAAUAAAAUCAUUUCAACGACCAAAACAAUCAACAAAUUACCAACAAGAAACUAAAAGUUUACCUGUAAUUUUGUUGACCAGAAACUCUGGUAAUGAGAGACAUCAUCUAGUUAACUAUGUAAAUAAUGAUAGUGACCAUCAGCUUGGUCAUUAUCAUUACAAUUAACGAAUUACUAUCAGUUAAUUGCUCGAAAGUGAUUUACUUUGUCAACAAUGUUUGUGACUUUUCAUUGGAUUUACCUGAUUGUUUGGAUUCUCAUUUCCUGUUCAACCUUCAUUUAUAAUUGUGAUUAUUUUAAUUAACUAAUUGUAAAUUUUAUUCUAAGUCAUUUUGUUGAUUUUUACCUUUUCCAUUGUAAAUCUUAGUCAUCAUCUAAUCACUGUCACCAAUCAACUCUUUUGAUUAAUACAAAUAAUGUAAUUGAUUAAUGAUCACUAUUAAAACCAUUGUCUUAAUUAUGAUUGAAUUGAUUUCAAUAAUCACUUAUAAUUAGUGUUAAUUGAGUUAAAGGUUGUUGUCUGUAUUUUAAUCAUUCAAUUGUAAUUUUUUUCUCAUGUUCACUUGAUUAAUCAAUGGAUUAGCAAAUGAUUAAAAAGUUAUCA